AGUUAGAGCGAUACUACACGUAUUGCCCAACCCAUCUACAAUGUCUGUACUCUCGACCACCUCAGCCUGGAAAAUCUCGGAGCAGCAGAAGAUAGAUUAUGCGCAGCAAGGGUAUCUCAUAUUGAGAAAUCUCUUCACGCCCCAGGAGAAAGCAGACCUUAUAGAAUGGGUAAAGGACGUCAAGAACUCACCAGAUAUGCCGAAUCACUACAUGCAUUACGAAGAGAUCAAAGGAAACGGCAAGAAGGAUCGUACCCUCACUGAAAACUUCGUCGAUCAUCACGAGCAGCUCGGCCACCUGUUGCGGAGUCAGGAGCUGGCCCAUCUCGUUCAACAGGUCACAGGCGAGGAGAUGGUCCUGUUUAAGGAGAAGAUCGUGUACAAAACUCCCGGGGGCGGCGGCUUCCCCGCACACACGGAUGCACCGUCUUAUCAGCAUAUCGCUUCUAUUAAUCAUCUUUCCCUGGCCAUGGCUGUGGAGCCGGCUACACCUGAAAACGGAUGCGUUGAGGUACUCCCUGGAUCGCACCUUCUGAAGGACAUCCCCACGAGACAUGACAAGUGUAUUGAUGAUGCCUGGUGUGCCAAGCAACGAUGGAUACCUGCUGAGUUGGACACAGGCGAUAUUUUCAUAUUCUCUUCCUUCCUCGUCCACAGAUCGGAAAAGAAUGACUCAGAGAAGGGUCGUGCGCUCAUAUACGCAACUUUCAACCUCACCAAGGAAGGAGGCGAUCAACGCAGGGAGUACUACGAACACCGUCGCGAAAAGUGGCCCGCGACGUUCGAGCGCAAGCCGAAUGUGUCCUACCAGGAAGGGUACGACAUGUACGCCUGGGGGACGCCGAUGGGCACCAUCCACAACCAAGUUGCGGUUGCACCUGUGAUGUAGGGAGAGGAGUAGGAACGUGUCGAAGAGAGACCGGCUGAACGCAUACGCGUGCUCAUCAUCAUGAUUCAUCCAGCACAAUGUUGCGUUAGGCAAUCACUACCAUCAGUCCCGUAGAUUCACAUUUGCACAAUACAAUACCUGAAUCAACAUAGAUAUUUUCACG